AUGCUGGAGGACACAGGAGGGGCCGUGGAGAAGUUUAUAAGUGGUCAGCCUACGAAAGAUGCAUUGCUCGCAGCAGCUGCAACUCAGCGUAGAUUAGGUUUCGGGCCUGUAGAUGAUAUGCCGAUGCAGGGCUGUGGAUUGAAUCCUAUGGCUCGCGUGUACAGCCCAGAAGAGGUUAUUCGUCGAUUGCAGCUUAGCGAGCCUCCUUGUUACGGCCCCGUAGAUGAUAUCAUCAGAGAGUACAAUCUGUAUGUCACUGAGCACACGGAUCUCAUGAACAAAAUGCGGGAAACUGUGAAGAGAAAACCACACAAAAGUCUGCGUUUAGCUUUCAUACAAUGGAAUGCGCUCAUGAUCAAGCCCAGCACGUUCCAGGUGCUUGCCCCUUUUCUAAACCAAGAAAAGGGUUUCAACCCAGACGAUGUGGACGUGGUGACAAUUGUGCUUCAAGAAAACAUGAAGCUUGACUCCCGCAGGGAAAGGAGAUUCCUGACAAACAUACAGACGGUGCUGAACCUCCUUAGCACGACAGCUAAUUGGGGGCCAGCAUCCAUCUCCUACCUGGGUAAUAUCAGGGGGACCCAAGCUAAAGCUAUCCUAACCCCCAACACGCAAUCGCUCAUUUAUAUUAUGCGAGAAACCCAUCAACCUGACUACAUCUGCAACGCCGAACAGUCUGUUCAGGGGGGGGAGAAGGGAUUCAUUGGCGCUGUAUUUGGAUUCCCCGGCUUGGGUAAACUCGCCGUCUUGGGUUCUCACCUGAAAGGGUGGAAAGCAAAGCAAUUUGAGAAUGUCUUUCCCGAUCUUCUAAAGCAAUGCGGGAGCCCGCACGUAGGGCUUGAUUCUUUUUCUUUGGGAGUGGUAUUCGGGGCAGAUUUCAAUGAACAUCUGCACUUUGAGUCAUUGACGCACCUUUACAAUACCGCCCUUCAGGAUCCCGAUCGGUAUCCUGCCUUUGCGAAAGUGCAGACCGCCUCUGCUGAAGAAUCGGAUAAUAUCAAGAUGACGAGGUUGCUAACGGAAGCACUGGCUGAGCCACUCGAUAUUAUUGCCAGUACAUAUGAACCCCUCAUCUGGUCGGUUGACAGGCUGGUCUGUGAUAGGAUGUCUGUAAUUGCUGACGGACAACAUGAAUUCGUGUACGGUAUUUGUGGUAUGAUGACGCUGUCGCAGGGACACUCGCCGUUCAGUGUGCUGAAAAAAUGCCUUGCGCCAAAGGUGUUUGCCUCACGGCGAGGUGUUGGGUAUCUAGACAGAGUAACAGUGCGCCUUUCCUCAGAAAGCACUGCAGUUUUGGAUCGGAUGUUCGAGGCGGGCGGCAUGGAGGGUGAAGUACCUUCAACGUUCGCCUCCAUUACUAGCGGCUUACAAGUAUACGACAUGAGGAGCGACCACGUGCAGGUCGCGAACAUCAUUGAGUUUCUGAAAGUUGAUUAG